AGGAGGAAGGCCAGCUAGUGAAGUCGAUCGAUGAAAGUGCAAGUGCCAGUAAGGUCAGUGUGUGCGUAAGGACCUUCCUUUCUUCCAGUGGAACCAGUGAUAAAGUGAGAGGAACGUGCGACCUUGAGCAGGAUCUCGAAGAGGACCUCCGCGAAGAGGUGACAGCCUGGAGAGGACGCGACGUAAACGCAGCCACGGAUGGUUAACGACGUAAUGAGCGAGUACGAACGAAUCAAGCGUUCGUGCUUGAAACGAGGUGAAUUAUGGGAAGACCCAGAAUUUCCAGCCACGCAGACGUCGGUCUUCUACCAUCAAACGCCUCCGUUUCAGUUUCAAUGGAAGAGACCAAAGGAAUUAUGCAAUCGUCCAAUAUUUGUCAACGACACACCAGCUCAGUUCGACGUAAUUCCCGGGAAAAUGGGUGACAAAUGGUUAGUUUCUUGCCUGGGCGUUCUGCACUUGAGCAAGGGACUUUUCUACAGGGUGGUACCAGCUGAUCAAGGAUUCGGGAACAGCGGAGAACCACCUGGGUCACCAACGGCUGAAUACGCAGGGGUCUUCAGGUUCCGGUUGUGGUGGUGCGGCGCAUGGGUCGAAGUUCUCGUCGACGACAGGCUACCGGCGAUUCACGGACGGCUGGCUUUCGUGCAAAGUCGUCACAGUGAUCAAUUCUGGCCGGCUCUUCUGGAGAAAGCGUAUGCCAAAUUGCACGGAUCGUACGAAGCUUUGAAGUAUGGAACUCUGUUGGAUGGUUUGUCUGACCUUACCGGCGGAAUCACUGAGAGUAUCGCCAUACGCCAAGAUCCUACUGCGUGUGGACGAGUACUAGCGAAACUCCUCGAUAUGACAUCCCUUAUCACGUGUACAGUAAAUAACAAUCAGCAGCAGAUUCGUGCCAGUACAGAGAAACUCGCCAAUGGCAUUCAGAUGGGGAUCAAUUACAGGCUGUACGCUAUUGAAAGGGUGGAAACAUUCAACGGCGAGGCGGUUCAGUUAGUAAAAUUAAGAAAUCCUCUUGGACCUGGUAGGGAGUAUGUUGGCGCUUGGGCAAGAGGUGGCCUUGAAUGGGAUGAAGUACCUCCAAUGGAAAGGGAUCGUUUAGCGGUCAGAAAUAUGGCCGAGGGAGAAUUCUGGAUAUCGUAUUCGGAUUUCGUGAAGACGUUCACUCAUUUAGAAGUCGUACAUCUUGAUGCCGAAACGUCGAGAGAUGAGCCAUCGUUGCAUAGCAAACAUACCUGGCAAAUGAAACUCUAUCAAGGCAGUUGGAGGAGGGGCGUAACCGCAGGAGGAUGUCGGAACAAUGAAGAAACUUUCCAUAUUAAUCCACAAUUACAUCUAAUCCUAAGUGAAAUGGAGGAAGUAAUUGUCUCUUUGUAUCAACACUCUAUCAUGGAAAUAAAAGUGAUAGGCUUCACGGCGUACACUUUGCCGAAAAAUAGCACAGAAUCGAUAAACAAGCAAUUUUUCAAAAAGAAUAAAUCUUUGGUUAACUCGCAAUAUACCAACAGUCGUCAAGUGAGCCACAGAUGUCAAUUAGACCAGGGUGGUUAUUUGUUAGUACCCACUACUUUUGAACCUACGCAAGAAACAAGUUUCACACUGCGAGUCUACAGUAGUAAGCCUCUAAAACUUAAACUUCUCGAUACACCGCCAUCUUUGAUGAAAUCGGCCAUCAUCAAAGCGCCACCCCUCGAAGGCAAAGGUUUCUCACAAUAUGAAGCCGUGUUUCUGCAACUUGCUGAUGAACACAGAACAGUAAACGCUUUUGAAUUGCAAGAACUUCUCGAAGCUUGUUUACCAAAUGAUUAUAUAAAAAGCUGUGCUUCUAUGGAAGUAUGCCGACAGGUAGUUCUUACAAUGGAUAGUUCUGGUAGUGGUCGAUUAAAAUUCAAUGACUUUAAGGAUCUCAUGUGCAGUUUAAAAUACUGGCAAGCAGCGUUUAAAAAUCACACGAAGGAAAAAACGGGUAUACUUAAAGCGGAACGAUUGCGAGAUGCGUUAUUAGAAGUGGGGUUCCAAUUAAAUACGGAUGUACUUUCAAUUUUAAUCCUUCGCUAUAUGAGAAAGGAUGGGACACUCAGAUUUGGUGACUUCGUCUCGGCAAUACUGCACUUGAGUGACGCAUUUGGAAUAUUUGAAAGUAAAGACCCUUUGCAAAAUGGGACCAUAAAAUUAAGUUUAACUGAGUGGCUCAGAUCAUCUUUGAUGUGCUGAACUUACUACUCAACAUAAUUCGUGUACCUUGGAAUACUUGUAAAUAAUGUUUUUUACGUCGUAUGUAGACUUAAGUUUUAGCCAUAUUAACGGUUAAUGAACAAGUCUAUUUUUUGUGCUGUUUGUAAAAUAAUGUCAUUCUUCCCGCCAUUAGCAAUCUCAUCAUUCCUUCAUCUGAUUAAACAUUAUAAAUGACAAUGUAUUAUAUGUUAUUUGUAUAAGAAAUUCAUACUGAAUAAUAAAGUUAAAUUUAUUUUGUACAGCCCCUAUCCACAAUAAAUAAUUAAUUAUUUGUAAAUAGGCUUGUCAUCAAAUUAUAUACUUCAAAGUACAUAUAACUUAUAUGUAUAACAAGUUGUACGAAUUACAUGCAUAUAAUUUGAACUGAAUGAUAUGAAUUUGUUUAAAAUAAAAUUUUUCACACAAAAAAUUAUUGGAAAAAUUCUUAUUGAAAAUUGUAAAUAAUAUCAAAUACCUAAUGCUAUUAAUUUUUUAUUGCAAACUGUAUGUAUCCUAAAUUUAAUCGUCAAGAAGUAUUUUAAAUAAUUGAAAAAUCGCACAAUAAAAAGUAAGAAUAGAGUCGACAAUCUCAUGCGUAUGAAGUAUGAACGCACAUGUAUGUAUAAUGGCGUUCCUUUCGCUGAUAAAUAUUGAGCGUGUUUAAUUUAUUUAAAUUUUGUAAAAAUAAUGCUAAGGUGGUUAUUACAAAAUAUAUACAGUAUUCAAUAUACGGUUUUUAUACGGUGACUAGAAAUAGUGCUUAGUUGGAAAGUGUCACAUCACAAUUAAUGACGUGGAUUUAGGUUAGGUUAUGCUUUACAAUUUUUACCUGAAUCUUGUCGAAAUAUUACUAAAAAAGUAAUUUAAGAGUUCAUCGUAAAGCACAAAUCGUAAAUAAUGUUCGAAAUUACAGAUACGCAAAAAAUAGGAGUCGGACUUGCAGGAUUUGGUAUAUCUUUUCUUUUCCUUGGAAUGUUACUACUCUUUGAUAAAGGUCUUCUUGCUAUUGGAAAUGAGGAAUUAUUAUAGUACUUAUGGGUUGGCCUAUCAUAGGCAUGAUCAUAGAAACGUAUGGUUUUAUAUUAUUAUUCAGUGGUUUCCUGCCAGUUGCCAUAAAUGUUUUACGAAAGAUACCUGGUUUAAGAAUUAUUUUAAAUUUGCCAGGUUUAUCUCGAAUAUUAGAUUCAAUUGCGGGAGAUCCAAAUAGAACAAC